UCAUAUUGGUGACCACAAGAUGCUGAAACAGGGCGAGAGUAAGAGAGAGAGAGAGAGAGAGAGAAAAAAAAGAAAAAAACUCCAGAUCUCAGAAACCGAAAGCAACGUGACAAAUAUAUAAACAGUACUUAAUAAACAGCCUUUCCAUAACAUGAAGGUAUCUUGGUCUUGUUCACUGCUGAUCCAAGAUGACUGUUUGGUGGCGGGCACUCAUCCUCCUUUGCUGUGUACUGGACUGUGUGGAGUCCUCUUCUCCAUCUCCAGUCCUCCAGAGGAAUAAAUACAACAACUCCUUUCGUCUCACGAGGUCCACCCGAACCCGAGUCCAGCUGCUGCAGAGGAAAUAUAAGGAGCAGCAGCUGGGAGAUAAGCACUUUGAGGACAGAAGUCGGCAGUUAAAGGACCUGCCAUCCCUUUCUACAGAUUUCUACAGCUGGCUAAAGCUGACGGAAUGGGAUCGACUGCAUGCUGCUUUCUGGGACAUGCAAGCCUAUUGGAAAAUGCUGGAGCGGAAAAGAAAGCAGCUCGAGAAGGAGGAGAAAGAGCAGAUGGUGGAUCGGACGGUCCGCAUCACUUUACCUCAGAGCAUCAGGCACAUUCAGUUUGACCUGAGGGACCUAAUGAGCCAAGUCAGCUCUCAGAUGAGUUAUAUGAAUAGCUCUUGGACAAAGCCAACCUCUCCUCCACCCUUCAACCCACAAACCAGAUCCAAAACAGAAUGGGACAGCAGAGUGGAGGGUUACAUCAUCUUGAGGGAUCUAGACCUUUACCUCACCAAGCUGGCAAGAGACUUCCUCCUUUUGGCUUCAAAGACACACCUUUGACUGGAAACAAAACCCCAGCAGCAGUAGAACACACACACACACACACACACACACACACACACACACACACACACACACACACACACACACACACACACACACACACACACACACACUUAUAACUGUUUUCGUGAUGUUGUCAAGACUUUACAUGGAGCUCUCCUUUUAGCUUGUCAUAUCUUUGACAUGAUGUUUUACUGUAUAUUUAAAGGGUUUUCUUGGGUAUUUCCCAGAGUUUCUGUCCUCCAACUGUAAGUUAGCAAUAAGCUCCCAGAAAACACUUCCCAACAUGAUGUUUUUCCCCCAAGUUUUCUACUGGACUUUCCAAAUAUAUAUUUGCUAUUUAUUGACAUAUUUAUUAACAUGCUAUUUAUUUCAAAGUGGUUUAUUUGAUGUCUCUUAGAGAUACAGUGUUUUACAUUAUUAUAUUUGAUAUUUGAUAAAGUGGAAAUAUAUUUAUGUAUGAGUGAAAAUAAAGUAGAUGAAGCAAUUGAAACAGUGA